AUGCACCGCCGAGCAGUCUGGAGGCUCUCGCGCCGCGUUGAUCUCUCGUCAACCACCACCGCAGCCUCCCCGAACCUAGCCUGUCCGCGGUCAUUUCGGUCAUCUGCAGUCCGAUUGAAUACCGAUAAUAGCUCCAGAGACGGUAAUGGUGAAAGCGCCCCGCCAACCUCACCCUCGCCAGCUCCCAAGUUUGCAAGCCGAUGGGGUGCCAAGCAGGCCUCGAAGCCUACCGCCCUCAGCCCGGCGGAGCAGGCAUUGCGCGAUGCCAUCAUGGCAAAGAGCAAACCACCUCCCGCGCCAGAACCUCCCAAGGCGCCAGGCCUCGAAAAAAGAAUGCCCGGUACUCAAUUCUACAUCGAUAAUCCUGCCAAACAAGACUUCGUGCGCACCUCCAGCAGACCCACCGACAACCAGCAAAGACAUCCUAGAACUCCCCGACGUACAAAUAAUUCGGUGUAUGCGGCUCAUGGGCACCCGCGAGAAAAACGAGAUUGGACCUGUCGACACUGCAACAAAAAUGUCUUUGCGAAGCACACGUUUUGUCCUUUCUGCAAGACACAGCGACAAGAGCCUGCUAAGCGGGAGCCACAAGAACGCUUCAUAGGGGACUGGGACUGCCCGGGCUGUGGACAUCAUGUGUUUGGGAGGCGGAACGCAUGUACCUCAUGUGGCACCCCGAAGCCUGAGAUGGAGUCUUUGCGCGCACGUUCGUUCAGGGCAGAUGAUACACGGUCUGGCAAGCUUCGCAAUCUGGGUCAGUCGAUCCUUGACGAGGCGGGGGAGGAGGGUGCGCUGCUUGGGGGGGGAUUGCGGGGGACCCAAAACUUCAAGGUCACCCAGCAGGAUGCAGAACCCCAAGAAUCGCAAGGCAAAGGUCGUGAGCGAGAUAAGGCAAAGAACGAGAAGAAGGAAGCGGAAAAGCAGAAAGACAAAGAAACAGAUAACAAGGAUCAAUGGUCCUGGGAUAUGUCUGCCUUGGAGCAGCUGGGAUCUAUCGAAGCGCAACAGGAAACGGUUGAUGCACAGAAGAAGCCAAAGCGCCGCGACGGACGAAUUCAGCGUGGACAGGCUGAUGAGGGCGAUUUUGACCCUGAGGCCCGCAAUCGUCGUCGUGAAGAGCGCAAGCGUCAGAAGAAGGCGAGGGACGAGAAGGUGGCAGAGGAGUCUGCGCCUGUCCCCCUUCAUCUCCCUGAAUUCAUCAGCGUCAGCAACCUGGCCGAUGUGAUCGGCGUGCGACAGGCCGAGUUCGUCGCCCGCAUGGAGGAUAUGGGCUUCGAAGAUGUGACGUAUAACCACGUCCUGGAUGCCGAGACUGCUGGUCUGGUGGCCGCUGAAUUCAACUACGAAGCCAUAUUUGACACUGGGGCUGAGGAUCUCGAGGCGGCGCCAGUGCCGAAGGAUACAUCCGACCUGCCACCCCGCCCGCCUGUCGUAACCAUCAUGGGCCACGUUGACCACGGCAAAACCACCAUUUUGGACUGGCUGCGUAAGUCGUCGGUGGCAGCUACUGAGCACGGUGGUAUCACUCAGCACAUUGGUGCCUUCUCUGUGGCCAUGCCUUCCGGGAAAACAAUUACUUUCUUGGAUACCCCGGGUCAUUCUGCGUUUUUGGAGAUGCGCAAGCGCGGUGCCGACGUGACCGAUAUCGUCGUCCUUGUUGUGGCCGCGGAUGACAGCGUCAAACCGCAGACCAUUGAGGCUAUCAAGCAUGCCACGCAAGCAAACGUCCCUAUCAUUGUUGCUAUUAGCAAGAUCGACAAGGAGGGCCGUAACCCAGAUCGGGUGAAGCAGGAUCUGUCGGUCCACGGUGUUCAUGUGGAAGACUAUGGCGGUGACGUUCAGGCCAUUGGUGUGAGCGGCAAGACCGGCGAAGGCAUGAUUGAGCUUGAGGAGGCCAUCGGUGUACUCUCUGAGAUGCAGGACCACCGUGCUGACAAGACCUGUAACGCCGAGGGAUGGGUCAUCGAGGCAACUACCAAGGCCCACGGUCGAGUGGCCUCUGCACUCAUUCGCCGCGGCACCCUGCGUCCUGGCGACGUUAUUGUUGCCGGUGAAACUUGGGCACGUGUGCGCACACUCCGCAACGAAGCUGGUCUGUCUAUCAGUGAAGCUACGCCCGGAAUGCCUGUCGAGAUUGACGGAUGGAGAGAACAGCCCGUUGCUGGAACGGAGAUUCUGCAGGCAUCUACUGAACAGAAGGCCAAGGAUGUGGUGGCGUACCGCCAGAAGCGGGCAGAUACUCAGAAGAUGAGCGAGGACAUGGUUGCCAUCAAUGAGGCACGGCGCGAGCUUCUGGACAGACGUCGAUCUGAAGGCGGAGACUCGGAAGAUGCUCCCAUUACCCCUACCGAAGCGUCUGGUCCGAAGGCAGUCAAUUUCAUUAUCAAAGCUGACGUGGACGGCUCCGCCGAGGCCGUGCUCAACUCAAUCGCCGCGAUUGGCAACAAUGAGGUCUAUGCUAAUAUCCUGCGAUCUGGCGUCGGUCCCGUGGCUGAGUUCGAUAUUGAACAUGCAGCCACUGCCAACGGUAGAAUUAUUUCUUUCAACAUGCCAAUCGAGCCCAACAUGAUCCGCCUUGCUGAGCAGGAAUCUGUGACUAUCAUGGACCACAACAUUAUCUACAAGCUCAUUGACGAUGUGAAAGAUGUUCUGAGCGAAUAUCUCGCACCUACUGUGACUCAGCGUGUGACGGGCGAAGCGGAGGUUGGUCAAGUGUUUGAGAUCACCGUUAAGGGCCGCGACAAGACCGCCAUUGCAGGAUGUCGUGUGCGUAACGGUUUGAUAAACAAAACCAAGAAGGUCCGAGUGAUUCGUGGCAACGAGACCAUUUAUGACGGCACGAUGACUUCGCUGAAGAACGUCAAGAAGGACGUCACCGAAAUGCGCAAAGAUACCGAGUGCGGUAUUGGCUUCGAGGGCUGGACCGAGUUUGCUGUUGGCGACCACAUUCAGUGUUACGAAGAGAUCUUUGAGAAACGUCAUCUGUGA